GGAGAACAUAUAAUAUUGUUAAUUAAUAUAUAGGAUUAUAGGACAAAGAACAGAUAUGGCAGAUACAUUCAGUCUUCAAAGGGUUUUGGAAGCAUUCAGAUCAAGUAUGAGUGAGAAUAAGGAGGUUUACAUUAAAUAUUAUAUAGCAGGAUGGCAAGAACUGGUCUCCUUCAUGAAUAGUUUAGGGAACGUGUUUUCCUUCAUCUCCAAGGAUGUGGUCAACAAAAUCCAGAUCCUAGAGAACUUCCUUUCAGGAGAAAGCGGGUCCUAUUAUGUCACCAUCCAGUCCAUGGUGAAGUAUGAGCUGGAGAAUGAGCUGGUGGACCUCACCAAAAGAGGCAGCCACCCAGAAUCCGGCUGCCGCACUCUUCUGAGGCUCCAUCGGGCUCUGCGCUGGCUGGAGCUGUUCCUGGAGAGACUGCGAACCAGCACCGAGGACGGCAAGACCUCCGUCAUGUGUUCUGACGCCUAUAACGAGUCUCUGUCUCAGCACCACCCCUGGCUCAUCCGGAAAGCCGUCGGCGUGGCGUUCUGUGCCCUUCCGGGGCGUGACACGUUCUUUGAUGUGAUGAAUGCGGGGGAUCACACGCAGGUGGUUGCUCUGUUGGGAGAGUCUCUGCCUCUCAUCGCUGAAGUCUACCAGAUCACAGAAGACUUGUAUGCCAAGAACCACCUCCUGGAGUUGCCGUAGAGAGGGACUGAUAUGUAUUUUACUCUUACACUAAUUAAUACAUAGUCCUUGUGGCACAUACUCACUUAUUUACUACAAACAUCAACUUAUUUGUCUGCCUUUUUAUAAACCAAAGGGGCAUGCAAUAUGCAGAUUUAAUGCUCAUUUUAAGCAGGGUUCUGCAAAUUUAAGCUAUCAAACUACACAUGCUGGGUGUACUUCAAUAUAUUUGAGCUUAGGGAACAAUAUAAAGCCAUUUAAAGGCAAAGGAUGUGUAUGAUACAUAUUUAAAUUAGAAUUUAAAUGUGAAGUACUGUAUAUUUGAAUAUAUAGCUCUUUUUUUUCCCUCUGUGAGUUUUAAUUAUUUUAAUGGAAAUACGUUUACUUGAAUUCAUGUCGAACGUACGUCAUACAUCUGCAGCAUGCUGAAACUACAAAAGGGGAAUUUUGUAGUGAAUGUAUAAAUAUUAUGUAAUGCAAUAAUUAAAUAUAAUGUUCUGA